UUAUUUUUGUUGUUCUUCAUUCAAGCAUUUUUAGAGAAGAAUAAAAUUAGAAAGAAAAAUGACAGUGAUGGGAAGGUUGAAAAUAUUUGUAGUACAGGAGCCAGUUGUCGCUGCUUCUUGCCUUAUCGCCGGUGUUGGUUUAUUUCUUCCGGCAGUGGUUAGACCGAUUUUGGAUUCUUUCGAAACGAGCAAGGAAGUCCCUCAGCCUGCCUUAAGUGAUGUUGUUGCAGGUGUGCGUAAAAAGCAAUGAUGAAUGAAAUAUGCUGACAUCAAACAUUCUCCCGUGCUAAGUAGCAUGAAAUAAGCUUUCUUUUUUCUGUUAUGUUCAACUUUGAGAAGUAUUGGCAUUGAAAUUCAUUUUCUGUACAAUUUUUUAAAAUUCUUUUGCCUGGUUGAAUUAAAACAUUGAAACUAUUAAGGGUUAA